UCACUCGCUCCCUCGCCGGGUAGCGGCUCGCCAGUGCCCGGGUGAUCCGACGGCCCAGCUCGCAGGGCUGCACCCCAGCCCCACCCGCUAUGAAAAGCGCGCACUCCCUGGUCGUUUUCUCUCUGGUCGCCCUUUGCGGGCACGGGGAUGGCCGCGUGGCCAACGCCGAGGAGAAGCUCAUGGACCACCUCCUGAACACGACCCGCUACAACAAGCUGAUCCGCCCGGCCAGCGCGGCCCAGCUCAUCUCCAUCCAGCUGCAGCUGUCGCUGGCCCAGCUCAUCAGCGUGAACGAGCGGGAGCAGAUCAUGACCACCAACGUCUGGCUUAAACAGGAGUGGACCGACUACCGCCUGGCCUGGAACAGCUCCCGCUACGAGGGCGUGAGCAUCCUGAGGAUCCCGGCGAAGCGCGUCUGGCUGCCCGACAUCGUGCUCUACAACAACGCUGACGGGACCUACGAGGUGUCCGUCUACACCAACGUGGUGGUCCGCUCCAACGGCAGCAUCCAGUGGCUGCCCCCUGCCAUCUACAAGAGCGCCUGCAAGAUCGAGGUGAAGCACUUCCCCUUCGACCAGCAGAACUGCACGCUCAAGUUCCGCUCCUGGACCUACGACCACACGGAGAUCGACAUGGUGCUCAUGGAGCCCACCGCCAGCAUGGACGACUUCACUCCCAGCGGCGAGUGGGACAUCGUGGCCCUCCCGGGGCGCAGGACGGUGAACCCGCAGGACCCCAGCUACGUGGACGUGACCUACGACUUCAUCAUCAAGCGCAAGCCGCUCUUCUACACCAUCAACCUCAUCGUGCCCUGCGUGCUCAUCACCUCGCUGGCCAUCCUGGUCUUCUACCUGCCGUCCGACUGCGGCGAGAAGAUGACGCUGUGCAUCUCCGUGCUGCUGGCGCUCACCGUCUUCCUGCUGCUCAUCUCCAAGAUCGUGCCGCCCACCUCCCUGGACGUGCCGCUCAUCGGCAAGUACCUCAUGUUCACCAUGGUGCUGGUCACCUUCUCCAUCGUCACCAGCGUGUGUGUGCUCAAUGUGCACCACCGCUCGCCCAGCACCCACACCAUGGCGCCCUGGGUCAAGCGCUGCUUCCUGCACCAGCUGCCCACCUUCCUCUUCAUGAAGCGCCCCGGCGCCAACGCUAGCCCAGCCAGGGCCCCCCAGCCCAGCCAGCUGCACCCAACCAAGACCGAGGCCGUCGCCUCCGCCUCUGCCCUGGGCGCCGGCAGCCCCUGCAACCUCUACGCCAACUCCAUGUACUUCGUGAACCCCGCCUCUGCAGCCCCCAAGUCGCCAGCUGGCACUGACGCAGCAGGCACCCCCAGGGAUUUCCGGCUGAGGUCCUCUGGGAGGUUCCGGCAGGACGUGCAGGAGGCUUUGGAGGGUGUCAGCUUCAUUGCCCAGCACAUGCGGAGUGAUGACGAGGACCAAAGUGUCAUUGAGGACUGGAAGUACGUGGCCAUGGUGGUCGACCGGCUGUUCCUGUGGGUGUUCGUGUUCGUGUGUGUCCUAGGCACCGUGGGACUCUUCCUGCCCCCAUGGCCAGUGUGCCAGAGGGACCCCAGGGCUAUGAGCGGAGAUGCUGGGCAGCCAGGUGGACAGUCAGCUGCAUCCUCUGGGUCCCAGCUGCCGAGACCCCAGAUGCCGUCAACCCCACCCAGCCAGCCAUGGCCACGAGAGGACAAGGCGCGGGAUAAAGACGAGCAUACUAGCAGCACCUACUACGUGCCAGGCAUCUUGCCGGCACCCCAGCCCACCCCUCACCUCUUCCCCCCACUUCUCCUGGCCAGCCCUCCACGUGCUUCAAGACCCUUCUCAGCUGAGAACCUCUGCACCUGCUCUACCUUCUACCUGAACCUCCUCUCCCCCACGCUCCCCAGCUCCAAUGUCACCUCCUCCGAGAAGCCUUCCCUAAUCACACUGCUGUCUAUAGAGGUGACGGCCAUCCUCAGACCUUGCGUGAAACCCAAGAUUGUCAAAAAGAGGACCAAAAAGCGCAUCUGGCACCGGGCAGACCAACAUGUCAAAAUUAAGCGUACCUGGUGGAAAACCAGAGGGGACACGGCCUGCUGGGCCGAGCUGCUGCCACUGCAGGCUCUCACUCUGCACUCCAACACUCGGGUUCCAAAAUCCGGCAGACGCCCGGCUCUGGACUCAGCCACUGCGUCGGAGCUGGGAGCGCCGCUGAUGGGCAGUAAGUCUUCCUGUGCUGAGAUGGAUCACGACGUUUCCUCCAAGACCCGCAAGGCCAUGGGGGACAGCGCAGCCCAGCUGGCCAUCGCCCCCACCAAUCCCCACGCCGGGCUGCGCAGCAAGAAAACCAGUGGACAGCUGGGAUGCGGGUCUUACCUGUGUCUACGGAAAAACUACACCCGGGAACCGCAGACCGCCGGGGACCUGGGGGCUUCUGCAACGGCCAGCCCCUUGCCUUCUCCGGGUGCUCCCCCUUAA